AUUUAAAUUCCAAUAACAACUAAUGACUCCUAAUUUCUAUGACAACAAACAGAAAUAUUCGUUUAGUUGAGUGACUAACUAGUUAAUUAUUUAAAUAUGUGGACGAAUUCUGUAUACUUAUUUUUAUUUCUUUUGUUUUUAUCAUUGCUUUCUAAUAUAAGUGAGGCAGUUAAAUGUUACCAAUGCAGUUCAAGUGAAGAUCCUAAAGGGCAGGAUAAUUGCGGAGCUUACAGAAAAUUCGAUGAGAGGGAACAUAUAGCGAUAGAAUGUAAUAGUUUCGAGAGUCAUAUGCCUGGAUCGUUCUGUAUGAAAAUUACACAUCAGAGUCCUAAAGGUUAUAUAUGGGAUGGAAGGUGGAGACAGGUUAUGAGAAGAUGUGCUUCGGUAGCAGAAACUGGGGUCACUGGAGUGUGUAAUUGGGGAGUUGAUGAAGAUGGCAUCUAUUGGGAAGAAUGUUAUUGUUCCGAAGAUAGAUGUAAUUCGUCAAAUAAAGCUAUAGGUUCUUCCAUUAGUAUUGUAAGUGCUAUUUUACUGCUACGAUGGUUAAGUCGUUAGAUCAAUCUUUCCAUUUCAGUACUGUACAAAACCAUACUUUCAUAGAUUAUUUUAUUGAGAAAUCCGAAUUUUAGAAAUGUAAAUCUUCUAUUUUAUCUUUUUCUAUCAAAUACAAGAUGAGGAUCCAUUGUCAUGUUUAUACAUAUUACCAUUGUAUAUAUUGCAAAGAUAGUAAUUCAGAACGUUAGAGUUUGGUAAACAUGAUAAUUGAUAACUUUGUUACAUUAAAUACUUUCUAGUAUAUCAAAACAUUUAAAUUUAUAGAUUGAACUAAUUUAGGAGAAACCAAGUAUAAAAGUCCUUAAUUAACUCCAUUUAAUUCUCAAUAAAUUCUAGAAUGACAGAUAUGUAACUUACCGGGUAUCUUAGGGACAUUAUGUUUUUGAUAUUUUAUAUAUACCGAUAGAACUUCUACAUAACCUCCAAACUUACAUUUGUGAAAGUAUCGAAUUGCUAGAUCUAAUUGGAGACUUUGUUAUAUUUUUUCCGUCCAUUUUGAAUGAACUUAUUGUUAACUAUAUAGACUUAUUUAUAUAUAGAAUGUUUUUUGGAAUUUUAUACCUUUUUUAGAAAUAAAUUGUCAACUGAA